AAAAAAUAAAAAAUAAAAAAUAAAAAAUGGAAGAAUGGAAAAACAGUAACAAAAUAUCCGAAAAUACAAGGUAAAGCAACCUCAAUAAAUCCGAAAAAAGUAAUUAAUGUUCAACUUGAAGCUCAAAAAUUCAUCAUCACUGCAAAAACAAAAUAGGAGACAAAGAGAGGGGAGGAGGAGAAGAAGAAGAAGAAAGUUGAAGCCUUUUUUUUCUCUCCACUCUUCCUAAAUCAACCACCCUCUCUCUCUCUCUCUCUGAGCUGGGUUUUGUUGGUGGUAAGGGAUGUUUAGUUGUGAGUGUUUUUGUUGGGAUAUUGUUCCUGAAUUCAUUGUCUCUGAUCCACUUCCUUUUUCUCUUCCUUCACCUCUUCCACAAUGGCCACAAGGUGGCGGUUUCGGCUGCGAGAGAAUGUCUCUUGGGAAAAUAGAAGUUGCAAAAGUAGACAAGUUUGAGAAAAUUUGGAGGUGCACAAAUUCGAAUGGAAAGUCACUAGGUUACACAUUUUAUAAACCUUUGGAGAUUCCGGAUGGGUUUUUCUGUCUUGGUUACUACUGUCAGUCCAAUGAUCAUCCGUUGAGAGGUCAUGUUCUUGUCGCUCGGGAAACUAGUUCUCAACUUCGAGCUGAUUGUGCUCAUGGUUCCGCGUCGGAAUCACCAGCUUUAGAAAAGCCACUUAGCUACUCAUUAAUAUGGAGCAUGGAUUCACAUGAUGAAUGUGCUUACUUUUGGUUGCCAAAUCCUCCGAAGGGUUAUAAAGCGAUCGGCAUAGUAAUUACGACCAAUUCAGAUGAACCUGAAGUUGAAGAAGUUAGAUGCGUACGAACAGAUCUAACAGAAGUUUGUGAGACAUCUGAUUUAUUACUAACAAUAAAGUCAAAGAAAAAUUCUUUACAGAUUUGGAAGACAGAACCUUGUGAUAGAGGUAUGCUAGCUAGAGGUGUAUCUGCCGGGACAUUCUUCUGUGGUACCUACUUUGAUUCCGAACAAGUGGUGGAUGUUGCGUGUUUGAAGAAUAUUGAUUCUUCAUUGCAUGCAAUGCCAAAUCUUAACCAGGUUCACGCACUUAUCGAGCAUUAUGGGCCAACAAUAUAUUUUCAUCCCGAUGAGAUGUACAUGCCAUCAUCGGUGCCUUGGUUUUUCAAGAAUGGAGCACUUUUGUAUGCCGCAGGUAGUACGAAGGGUAAAGCUAUCGAUUAUCAUGGCUCAAAUUUACCUGCUGGAGGAUGCAACGAUGAUGCGUUUUGGAUUGAUUUGCCUACUGAUGAAGAUGCAAGAAAUAAUCUAAAGAAGGGAAACAUAGAGAGUGCAGAACUCUAUGUUCAUGUAAAACCAGCAUUUGGUGGAGCCUUUACCGAUAUUGCAAUGUGGGUUUUUUGCCCCUUCAAUGGACCUGCAACACUUAAAGUGUCAUUGAUGAACAUUGAGAUGAGUAAGAUAGGGGAACAUGUCGGCGACUGGGAGCACUUCACCCUUCGCAUAAGCAACUUCACCGGAGAGCUUUGGUCGGUUUUUUACUCUGAGCACAGUGGAGGUAAAUGGGUAAAUGCAUUCGAUUUGGAGUUUAUUAAGGAUAACAAACCAAUUGUUUAUUCGUCAAGACAUGGUCAUGCUAGCUAUCCUCAUCCGGGGACUUACCUUCAAGGAUCAUCCAAACUUGGAAUAGGAGUUCGCAACGAUGCUGCUAAAAGUAAAUUCAUUGUGGAUUCUAGUGUUAGAUAUAAGAUUGUUGCGGCCGAGUAUCUUGGUGAUGGAGUCAUUACAGAGCCAUGUUGGUUGCAGUAUAUGAGAGAGUGGGGUCCUACCGUUGUAUAUGAUUCGCGUUCCGAAAUAGAGAAGAUAAUAGACCUGCUUCCAAUAUUUGUUAGGUUUUCUGUGGAGAACCUCUUUGAAUUAUUUCCAACUGAGCUUUAUGGUGAGGAGGGGCCAACUGGUCCAAAGGAGAAGGACAAUUGGCUAGGAGAUGAAUAUUGCUAGUCCUGCAUUAUGCUCUGACCAUAUUCUGCUAUGCAAAGGAAUCCAAACUUUCUGUUCUUAUAUAAUGGUUUGUUUUUGGAUUUGGAUUUCCUACAUGCAUAAAUUAACGCAUUCAUGCAAUCAGCACACCAGUAGUCACUGAAUCAAGACCAGACAGUGCAGACUCAAAUUCCGAAUCCGAAAUUUGGACCGUCUUAUCUAGAUCCAAUGACCAUUGAUGUGUUGACUGUGUGAAUGCGUGAGAUCCUGUGUCACUCAUGGUUGAAGUGACCAAGAGAUUGUCAUCGUGUAUCAACUGUAUAUAGGAGGUAUGCCUCGGAUAGUAGCUAUUUACUGCAUUCUUGGUUCACGUGAAAAACAAUAUAUAUAGUUCUGAUGUUUAAGUUGCUUAAAAAGAAUAUGUAUAAUUACGGAAAAAGGAUAGAACAUAUACAAGGUAGGACUAUAGUUGUAUACACAUUUCUGGUCUCAGUGUAAGAUAAUAUUUGUUGCUGUUGGUUGGUGGGAGACAUGAAAGUUUUCAUUAGCAUUGCUUGUAAUGGAACAGGAAGGUAGUGGUGCUUGAUUCAGUGUUGUUAUAUCACAUAAUUUACUUGCAUUUA